AUGCAGAGCGCAUGGGCGGCCUUUGCCAAUGAUCCGGCGGAUGGGUUGAGUUCGGUCCUCGGGUGGCCGAAGUUUGAUCAGAAGGAGGAGUCGCUGAUACUACUGGCACUUGAGAACAAUCCUGAGCCACAGUUUGUCAAGCCCAGCGCGUACGAUGCGCCGUGUUCUACAGUUACGUUGGGAGCGCUGGGAACUGCGGCACCCUCUUCAUGA